UUCUCUUUAACCUCUCACCAUGAAACUUCAGACAAACUAAAAAACACAAAAACAAAACUAAAACUCGUGUUUUUUCAGAUCUUUUAACAAAAGAUGGUGUCAGUGGAAGAUCCGUUACCUCACUCGAACUCAACCCGGUUCCCGUUAACAACCGACUUCUACGGCUCAUCAUCUCCCUCUGCUGCCAAGAUCCACCGUCAAGUCGGCAGAUCGAUGAGAACAGUGAGAUCCAACUUCUACCAAAGCGGAGACCAAUCUUGCUCCUUCGUCACCGACAAAUCUGGCUACGCCUCGGAGUAUCUCUCCGACUCCGUCGUCGACGCGAGACUCGGCGAGCUCGCGUUAAAGAACAGUAACUCACUCCACUCAGUCUCCUCCUCUUCCAAAGAAGAAGCGUUUCUCGACAUCUCUCAGGCGUUUAGUGACUUCUCCGCUUGUAGCAGCGAUAUAUCCGGGGAGCUUCACCGUCUCGCUUGCUUACCGUCUCCAGGGACGGAGAGAGGAGUUGGAGAAAGAGAAGAAGAAGAAGAUGAAGAAGAGCCGUGUCUAGGGUUUCUGGAGAGGGAACACUUCUCCACGGAGAUUAUUGAUUGUAUUUCUCCGGAAGAUCUUCAGCCUACGGUGAAGUUAUGUAUCGACGGGCUGAGAUCGUGUUCCGUUGCGAUUAAACGUUCUGCAGCGGCGAAGCUGAGGCUUUUGGCUAAGAAUAGAGCGGAUAACCGUGUGUUGAUUGGAGAGUCUGGAGCUAUUCAAGGUUUGAUUCCGCUGCUUCGUUGUAACGACCCGUGGACGCAGGAGCAUGCUGUUACAGCUCUGUUGAAUCUUUCUUUACACGACCAGAACAAGGCUGUUAUUGCAGCGGGGGGAGCGAUUAAGUCUCUUGUGUGGGUGCUCAAGACAGGGACGGAGACUUCUAAGCAGAACGCUGCUUGCGCGUUGCUUAGUCUUGCUCUGGUUGAGGAGAACAAGAACUCUAUUGGAGCUUGCGGCGCGAUUCCGCCGCUUGUUUCUUUGCUGUUGAACGGGUCUUGUAGAGGGAAGAAGGAUGCGUUGACGACGCUUUACAAGCUUUGCACGCUUCAGCAGAACAAGGAGAGAGCGGUUACUGCGGGGGCGGUGAAGCCUUUGGUGGAUCUUGUGGCGGAGGAAGGGACUGGGAUGGCGGAGAAGGCGAUGGUGGUUUUGAGCAGCCUUGCGGCGAUUGAGGAAGGUAGGGAGGCGAUUGUUGAAGAAGGUGGGAUUGUUGCGCUUGUGGAGGCUAUUGAGGAUGGUUCGGUGAAAGGGAAAGAGUUUGCGGUUUUGACGUUGUUGCAGCUUUGUGGUGAUAAUGUUAGGAACCGUGGGUUGCUUGUGAGGGAAGGUGCUAUUCCUCCUCUUGUUGGUCUUUCUCAGAGCAGCAGCGUCAGCGUCAGAGCUAAACGCAAGGCAGAAAAGCUUUUGGGGUAUCUAAGGGAGCCAAGGAAGGAGGGAAGUUCAUCAUCAAGCCCUUGUAAUGGAUUUUGAAUGGUUCCCUUGAAUGAAACCUUAUAUGGACGUUUCCAUCAGUCUAGUAUGUUGUAUAUAGUGAGUGUAUGUUUGGUGGUUUUGUAUAACAUCUUUUAUUAUGUAGACUAUUAAAAGGAAGAUCAAAUGAGUCCUCAGCAAACGUUUUGACUGAUUUUUGAUCUUUUCUUUGUAUUGAUGAUGUUAAGCUAGUAGUUUUUAUGUGAGUGCUAUUUGGAUUACAAGUCUAGCAUUCAGGUUUUUUUUGGUUGGUGUGAGGAGUGAAAUUUGCUGAUUUUUAAGGCAAAAAGCUUGUAGCUUUGUCGCAAAAUGCUUGUUCAAAUGUUUAAGAGCAAAGCAAUUUUAAUCAAUGUAUUUUGUUCAAUUAUUUUUAUCUCUUAUCUGAAUCAAUUAUUGUUUGGAUCUUUGAGUGUUGUUUGUGGAUCCGUGUCUGUGUAUGUGGACAAACGGUGGAUAUGGUACAAGAUUUUUGUUGCUGGCA